GGAUGGAGCCGGGGGAGCCCGCGGCGGCGCCCCUCAACCGGUCCCGAGCUGGGGCAGAGCCGCCCCGCGGGGAGUUCAACCUCUCCGGGCUGCCGGAGGCGGAGGGGAAGCCCCUCUUCGGCAUCGGCAUCGAGAACUUCAUCACCUUGAUCGUCUUCGGCUUGAUCUUCACCCUGGGGGUGCUGGGCAACUCGCUGGUGAUCACGGUGCUGGCGAGGAGCAAGCCAGGCAAGCGCCGCAGCACCACCAACAUCUUCAUCCUCAACCUGAGCAUCGCCGACCUAGCCUACCUGCUCUUCUGCAUCCCUUUCCAGUCCACGGUCUACAUCCUCCCCACGUGGGUGCUGGGCGCCUUCAUCUGCAAGUUCAUCCACUACUUCUUCACCGUCUCCAUGCUGGUGAGCAUCUUCACGCUCUCGGCCAUGUCGGUGGACCGCUACGUGGCCAUCGUGCACUCCCGACGCUCCUCGGCCUUGCGCGUUUCCCGCAACGCACUGCUGGGUGUGGGGCUCAUCUGGGCGCUUUCCUUCGCCAUGGCCUCACCAGUGGCUCACCACCAGCGCCUCUUCCACCGCGACGCCAGCAACCAGACCUUUUGCUGGGAGCACUGGCCCAACCCACACCACAAGAAGGUCUACGUGGUUUGCACUUUCGUCUUCGGCUAUCUGCUCCCGCUGCUGCUCAUCUCCUUCUGCUAUGCCAAGGUUCUUAAUCAUCUGCAUAAAAAGUUGAGAAACAUGUCAAAGAAGUCAGAAGCGUCCAAGAAAAAGACAGCACAGACCGUGUUGGUGGUGGUAGUGGUUUUUGGCUUCUCCUGGCUGCCGCAUCACGUGAUUCAUCUCUGGGCUGAAUUUGGAGUUUUCCCACUGACUCAAGCCUCCUUUCUCUUCAGAGUAACUGCACACUGCCUGGCUUACAGCAAUUCUUCUGUGAACCCGAUUAUAUACGCAUUUCUCUCUGAAAAUUUUAGGAAGGCCUACAAACAAGUCUUCAAAUGCCAGAUAGGUAACAAGUCACCUCUGAAUGAUGCUAAGGAAAAUAAAAGUCGGAUAGAUACACCACCGUCUACCAACUGUACACACGUGUGAACUUUGAAAAGUCCUGUAUGUUGGCUCUUCAUUUGUGUGAACUAAACACCUAGAAAACAAAGCACAAUGAGCUUUAUCCUGGGUUUAUCGUGAUAAAGCUAAUUGGUAUUUAAUGUACCGAAGUUGCAUUUGUAGCAAAAGUUUGUGAAACUGGUAUGAAAGAAAACUGGGCUGAUCCUUUGCAUCUUAGAUAGCUUUGUCAAAUGAAGCUCUUGGACCUUUAAAAGAUACUUGAGAAAAAAAUGUUGGAAAUGAUAUGUCUGUGUUCUUACUCACUAAGCAUAUGGUGUGUAAACGUUCAAAUAUACAAGGAGGAAAUGUUGAUAUGGACAAGUAACUUUCUAACAUCUUACUCCAUCGAAGUGAAGAGAUGGCUAAAUUUUCUGUCUUACAGAUAAUAAAUACCGUAAUACUAUGAUUUCAGAGAGGAAAACUUUUGUGCUCUCUUCAGAUUGUUUUGACAAUGCUUUUUCUCUUUUUAAAGUAAAGAUGGGCUCUGAUUCGCAGUUGAAAUAACCCGUAUACAACUUGAGGCAAUUGCUUUAGAGAGGAAAUGCUAAUUUUAUCUGUUUAGCUGUCUUUUUAAUGUAACAUACUGAGUAAUGAUGGACUUUUUUCCACUUCAUGUGCCUGCCUUACUGUAUACACAGAACUUUUGUGUACGCUAUAUAGGGUUUUGUUUAUGGCCUGUAUGUAGUUGUACCAAAAUGAGGAUUUGUGUCUAUCUGAGGGAGGCUUUUUUCAUGUGUUGCAUGUGCGCGUGUGUGUAUGUUUUGUUAACUUUAUAGACUUUGAGAUGGAGAUACAGUUUUAAAUGUGCAAUGUGUACAUAUGUUUUAAAAUACUAUGCUCCAUAAAGCAACUCUGGGCAAUGCUUAAGCAUUUAAAAAUAGCAUUCCCUUAAAAGUUGUAGGAGGGGCUUGAUACCGUGUAGCUCUAAAUUGGAAAAAUUCAGAAGGAUGCAUUUAAAUCAAUACAAAGUAUAUGAGGUAAAUGGUCCAAUUCUGCAAAUUCUUAAAUAAGAUGAGUAGUUUCAGCAGUUUUAUAAAAGUAUUUAAUAUGUCUUUAAGUGGUAAACCACUAAAGAAGUAGCAGAAGGGCACUCAGUCCUUUGAGAACAUUAUUGUUAGCCGGAGUAAGAUAUGAUUUUACCUUUUUUAUUAAUGACCCAUAGACUCACAGAGUAAAUUAAGUUGGAGGAACCUCCGGACAUCCUCUCAAGGCAGGGCUACCCUCAGCGUUGGCUCGCUUCCUUGUCUAGGCAAGCUUUGAAAAUUUCUAAGGAUGGCGAUUCAAUGAUUUUUUUGGGGCAACCUGUGUCAGUGCCUUAUCACCCUCACUAAAAUAUUUUUCUCUUAUCCCCGGUUGGGAUUUCCCUUGAUGUAUCUCGCGACCAUUGCCUUCUGUCCCUUCGCUGUGUACUUAAGUCUUCUCUCUAACUAAUAUGUAAUUUAAGAUGGCAAUUAAAUUUCCCCCCAGCCUUCUCUUCUGAAACAAUGCGUCACUCCCAGUCUCUCCUUAUCUGUUGUGCUCCAGCUCCCUGGCUGGAUUAGUGGCCUUCCACUGGCCUUCCUCCAUCCAGUGUAUCCAUCCCUCUCGUGAACUGGGGUGUUCAAAACUGAACAGUGUGUUCCAGAUGUGGCCUCACGAGCACUGAGUAGACUAAUCGCUUCCCUUGACCCGUUGGCUGAUUCUUGCUAAUACAGCCCAGUAUUACAGUAAUUUGUUGCUGCAAGGGUACACUGCUGACUCAUAUUUAAUUUCUGCUUUACAAGAAGUCUCGUGUCCUUUUCUACAGAAUUGCACUGAGUCCCAGUCCAAGUUUCAGGACUUUGCUUUUGGCUUUGUUGAACUUCAUGCAUUUGAUAGCUGUUACUUCCAUUCUUCCGGCUUCUCAAGGGCCCUCGGAAAGGUAGCCCUGCUCUCCAGCAUAUCCACCGCUCCCCCGGGUUUGGUAUCACGUGCAAACUUGCUGAGAGAGUCCUGCACCCUUUUUGGGUCUUUGAAGAUGCUAAAUAGUGUUGGCCAGAUGCUCUGUCAGAUUCCUUUUUCUCCACAAUC